AUGACAACCUCUCUGCCACAGCGCCGGGGAGAGUCCGGUGAGAGUGAUGCCCUCAUACACCCCCCCGUCCGCGCCAAGUAUUCGGCUGAGGAUACUAGGCCCACCAGCAAAAAGGAGCUGGCCGGCUGGUAUAGCUAUGGCUGGGCCGCCGAGGUGUUCGCCGUAUGCGCCAUGGGUUCGUUCCUCCCAAUUACCCUGGAGCAGAUGACCAGAGACCAGGGUGUGUUACUGUCAGACAAGAAAACUCCGUGCACCGCAAGCUGGCCGACUACUCCAGCACCCGGGCUGGGUACAGCAUCGAAUGUCACGUCAAACAUUACUGCUUCUCCUCCAACUGGGGCUCCUCAGUGCGUAAUCUACGUACUGGGCAUGGAGAUCAAUACUGCUAGUUUUGCCAUGUAUACCUUUUCAUUAAGUGUGUUGGUGCAGUCAAUCAUCAUUAUAUCAAUGUCUGCUGCAGCAGAUCAUGGUGUGUACCGGAAAACAUUCCUUUUAACUUUUGCAGUGGUGGGUGCCCUGUCUAUGAUAUUGUUCCUGUUUCUGCUUCCACGGCUUUACCUCCUGGCUGCAGUGCUGGCCAUUGUUGCCAACACUGGGUUUGGUGCCUCGUUUGUGCUUUUAAAUUCGUUUCUGCCUGUUCUUGUACGAAAUGACCCAUCUAUCCAAGCUGCUCGCAUUACCGCCGCUGAGGAAGAGCGCGCACAUCGCUCCGCUAGAAUUGAGGAUGGUAACGCGAUCCUUGAAGAAGUCGAACCUGUCAAUUCGGCACUAGUAUCAGCAGAAUUACAGUUAUCGACUAAGAUAUCUUCCAAUGGCAUCGGAAUCGGAUACAUUGCGUCGGUCUUAGUUCAAGUUACGUGCAUUUUGUUAGUCGUUGCCACCAAUUCGACCACCUUCUCUCUCCGCCUUGUUCUUUUCGUUAUUGGAGUUUGGUGGCUUGUCUUCUCGCUGCCAGCGGCGCUAUGGCUCCGCCCUCGGCCUGGCCCUCCUCUCCCAGAGUCCGCAUACGGCAAAGGAAGAUGGGCUUGGGUCAGCUAUAUAGCAUUCGCCUGGCUUUCUCUAGGUCGGACAAUGCUACAUGCUCGUCAACUGAAAGAUGUUCUAUUGUUCCUUGCGGCAUGGUUUCUACUUUCAGACGGCAUUGCCACGGUUAGUGGCACAGCAGUGCUCUUCGCCAAAACCCAGCUUGGAAUGGAGAUUGCCGCCCUUGGCCUUAUCAACGUCACUGCAAUGGCCUCAGGUGUCAUUGGCGCCUUUUCAUGGAGCUAUGUAUCUCAUCACUUUAAGCUUCGGCCUUCCCGGACAAUCGUUGCCUGUAUCUGUCUCUUCGAAAUUAUACCACUCUACGGACUGCUUGGAUUCCUCCCCGCCAUUCAACGACUUGGAGUUUUUGGCCUCCAACAACCGUGGGAAAUGUACGUUCUAGGUGCUGUAUAUGGAAUUGUUAUUGGCGGUCUUUCCUCCUACUGUCGAAGCUUCUUUGGGGAAUUAAUCCCCCCUGGCUUUGAAGCGUCCUUUUAUGCUUUGUACGCGAUUACCGAUAAAGGUUCCAGCAUGUUUGGCCCUGCAAUCGUGGGUGCUAUAACAGACCGGUACGGGGAGAUUAGACCUGCUUUUGGAUUUUUGGCGAUCUUGAUUUUGCUUCCGUUACCUUUGAUGUUACUUGUUGAUGUUGACCGAGGAAAACGCGACGCCAAAGAGCUUGCGGAUGCGUUAGAGGGAGUGAACCAUGCAACAACAAAUGGGGGAGAGUAUAUUCCAGUGGCUACCCAGGAGUCUAACGGAACCCCGGAAGAGAACAGAGUAUAA